AUGGCGUUUGGAGCUAGUUCUGUUCUCAUCGUUGUGAGCAUGAUGCUCGCUGAAGCGAUCAUGUUCAUUCGAUUAUACGCCCUCUCUGGACAUAAGAAACGCAUGUGCGCGUGGCUUCUAUUUCAAUUCCUGGGGGUACAUGUGACAGUAUUCGUUGUGUUUUCGCUGUUCGUCAAGAGUGUCAAAUUCAUACCGUCCCCGCUGUCGAGUAUACCAGGCUGCAUACCGUACCGGUUCGAUUCGCACAAAUUGUUGAUUGUGUUUGGGAUGGUCGUGGCUAGCCAGCUUGGUAAGCUGCUUCGCUUUACCAACGUCGAAAACGGCGAUGAUGGCAUCCAUAAAUUCCGUUCGUCUGGUUCUCCGAUUUUGUUGGUGUUUUAUCGGGAUGGGUUCUUCUAUUUUGUCAGUUUGACGCUGGUUACUAUCGGGAAUAUUAUUUUCGAUCGCAGGGCUCCGCCGGAGUUGAGAUUCAUGUUGACCUUGCCACAAGGGGUACUCCAUUCCGUCCUCGCAUGUCGUCUCAUCCUCCACAUCUACGACUUUGCACGUCGGGAACUGUACGACUCCAGAGGGUGGGGCGGUGAUAAAACUGGAACGGGGCUCGAUUUUGCGAGGGAUCCUACGACACAUCAUGAUACGUUUGGUGACUCGGAAGAGACGACUGUGGCGGGGUUUGGUACCAGAUCGGGUGUGAGUGUGUAG